AUGUCUCAGCAACCUCAUCUAGCAAACCCUAAUAUUCCCGGCAAAGAACAUGUUAAGAAUUUUCCAACGAGCUAUUCUGAUCAUGAUCCACCCGAUUCAUUUUGGCUUUCUAAAGAUUCUGAACGUGAUUGGUUUGAUCAAAAUGCAGCCAUGCAAAGGAAAAGUUCAAUGAAGUUUGCAUUUUCAUGCAAGUCCAAGAAAAAUUCCAAGGCACUUUUGUCUUACCAUUCUUUCUCAUCUUUAAGCCAAAAACCAAAUACAUCAUUUUUUGCACUUCCGAAAACUCGAAAAUCUUUCUCGGCCGAUGGAAAUCUCCGGGUCAACAAGGUGGCAAAAUCAAAAUUCCGGUUCACCAGAAGUCGGUCUGAACCGGUAAGAAAGAUGAUGAUGCGAGUAACUGAACCGGGUUCUCCAAAAGUGACCUGCACCGGAAGGAUUCGCCGGUCGAAAUCAAAGAAAGACAAGGCAAUAAGAACCGGGUUCUGGAAAAAGGUGAGGGCUGCACUGAACAUCCGGUCUGGAGCAAAAGGAGUGGAUAGUGUACGGACUGCUGAACCGGCCGGUUCGCCGGUUCUGAAGCGGUUGGCAUCCCGUCGAAGGUCAGAGUCAUAG